AUGCACUACUUUGCAGGUCACCACCAGCCUGGCCAGCAAACGACUCAGUCGUUGCGGGCCAGCCAAUAUAAGCCCUCGAGGAAACGGAAACGCGACGAGGAUGUCGAAGAGCCUCCAAUUACCUCCGGCCAAGACCCGAUAGGCUCACAGGCAACCCCAAACGCGCAAUCACAGGCCUCAUUUGCCCCCCAGGAAGCCGCCCAGCUGCGUGUCGCAGGUCUAUUGCCUGGAAAUGCAUUUGAGAUUCCACCACCGCCUUUCCCCCAUGCCUCUGUACGGAUAUCAAGAGACCACUUUAACUACACAAACGUCCAGAAGGAACUCGCUGGCCUGCAUCCUUCUGUUUUCGCUGUAAAUGCAACCUCGAAGAGCCAGCCCCUGUGUCGGAAGAGUGAGAAGCCUGCAUUGAGACAGACGCACCUCGGUGUUUUAACCACAGUCCUGCAUCACUGUUUACUCGAGGGAGAUUAUCAGCGCGCAGGAAGAGCAUGGGGCAUGAUUCUAAGGUCCCAGAUCGCUGGACGGCCCAUAGAUGUACGAAACCAUGACCGCUGGGGCAUUGGCGCAGAAAUAUUGCUUCGUCGGAGCCCCCUAAACCAAUUCACUCACGGCGAAAAUGACCAGGAGAGCGCCCAAAUCCCCGGUAAUAAGCAAUCUUCGACUGAUAAAGACUUUUAUACAGAGCGAGGAUUUGAACUCGCAAGAGAGUAUUAUGAGCGUCUAAUAGUCCAAUUUCCCAACCGGAAACUGCACCCUCACAGAGUGGAUGAGCUGACAUUUUACCCGGCUAUGUUCUCCCUUUGGAUAUAUGAGGUCUGCGAAAAAAGCAAGCUUCGUGCUCAGGACUCUAUUGUUAAGAUGGAAGAGCUUCGCCAAGCAAGGGAGAUCAAGGAUAGGCUCGAUCAACUCGUCAUCUCGCCACCUUUUGACAAAAGGGGUGAUCUGCUGGAGUUACGAGGCAUGGUUGGGCUCUGGAUUGGCGACCUGAUUCUUGGAGAGAGUUUCAUGACAUACGGUGAGACCGAUUGGGGCUCGGACUCGGGCGAAAACAAACCGACCUCACAAUCAAUAGCAGAAAGAUUCAAGGAGAACACCAAAGGGAUCUAAAUUUUUGUUCUAGAGUACCCCUCUAUCAUGUCCUAUGUCAGGUAAU